AAGGGAAAAAGAGAGCGAGACAGUGAGGGGAAGAGAAAGAUGUCACUGUCUCUAAUCUCCCUGUCAUCUUUAUUUCCAGCAGGCGCUGGGCGAAGGAACUGCUAGAACAAUGCUGAGGCGGGCGAGGUGAGGAGCAGCCCGGUCAGCGCAGCGGCCCCGACGGAGCGUCUCAAACAGGUGAUCGGAGGAGCCAGAAACCAAGGCCAUCUGGGCAUCCCUCCCCUUGCCUCGGCCAGACCGGCGCCCCAGAAACGGCGGGGAACCAUGGCGACCAAUUUCAACGACAUCGUCAAGCAAGGCUACGUGAAGAUGAAGAGCAGGAAGCUCGGGAUCUACAGGCGCUGCUGGCUGGUGUUCCGGAAAUCCUCCAGCAAGGGGCCGCAGCGGCUAGAGAAGUAUCCGGAUGAGAAGUCAGUGUGCCUCCGAGGCUGCCCCAAGGUGACGGAGAUCAGCAACGUCAAGUGUGUCACACGACUCCCCAAGGAGACCAAGCGGCAGGCGGUGGCCAUCAUCUUCACCGACGACUCGGCGCGCACCUUCACUUGUGACUCGGAGCUGGAGGCGGAGGAGUGGUACAAGACACUAUCUGUGGAGUGUUUGGGGUCCCGGCUCAAUGACAUCAGUCUCGGGGAGCCAGACCUCCUGGCCCCGGGGGUGCAAUGUGAACAGACAGAUCGCUUCAACGUCUUCCUGUUGCCCUGCCCCAACCUGGACGUGUAUGGCGAGUGCAAGCUGCAGAUCACCCAUGAAAACAUCUACCUCUGGGACAUACACAACCCCCGCGUGAAGCUCGUCUCAUGGCCCCUCUGCUCGCUGCGCCGCUAUGGCCGGGAUGCCACACGCUUUACCUUUGAGGCUGGCCGGAUGUGCGACGCUGGGGAAGGGCUCUACACCUUCCAGACGCAGGAGGGGGAACAGAUUUACCAGCGGGUCCACAGCGCCACCCUGGCCAUCGCGGAGCAGCACAAGCGGGUCCUGCUUGAAAUGGAGAAGAAUGUGAGGCUGCUGAACAAGGGCACAGAGCAUUACUCAUAUCCCUGCACGCCCACUACCAUGCUACCCCGCAGCGCCUAUUGGCACCACAUCACAGGUUCCCAGAACAUCGCUGAAGCCUCAAGCUAUGCAGGUGAGGGGCAUGGGGCAGCCCAGGCCAGCUCAGAAACGGACCUCCUCAACAGAUUCAUCCUGCUACAGCCAAAGCCCAGCCAGGGGGACGGCUGUGAGGCCAAGACCCCAUCCCAGUGA